AUGAAUACCGAUAGAGAAGGUGAUGCAUGUUCGGCCAAAAGAGCUCAAAUUCUAUAUGAAAAUGAAGAUGGUUAUGAAAUUGAUGAUGAUAAUCUAACUUCUGACUCAGAGAUUGGAAGCUGGGGUUUAUUGGAUGGCCAUAUCUUGGCAAGGGUCUUUCAUUUUUUGAGAUCUGAUGUGAAAUCGGUUUAUAUUGCUUCUUUGACUUGCAAGCAUUGGAGAGCUGUUGUCAGGUUUUACAAGGAUAUUUCAAGACAGAUUGACUUGUCAUGUUUGGGGCCUAAUUGCAUUGACUCCAUCUUCUUGAACAUUAUGAGUGGUUAUGGCAAAGAUAAGAUCAAUUCUAUUCUUUUAACUGGCUGCAUCAACAUCUCCUCGAGCACACUUGAAGAAAUUCUUUGUUUAUUCCCUUCUUUGUCUACAAUAGAUAUUAAGGGUUGCAGCCAGUUUUCAGAGUUGGUCCUUAAAUUUCAGAAUGUGAACUGGAUUAAGAGCCGUAAUUCAUGUGGUAUGAAGAAUUUUGAUGACUCACAUUGUAAAGUAAGAAGUCUGAAGCAGAUCAUUGACAAAUCUUCAUCGGCUUACAAGGUUAAGGGUCUAGGUGGUGAUAUUGAUGAUUUUGGUGAUCUAAAACAAUAUUUUGAUAGUGUGAAUAAGAGAGACUCAUCAAAUCAAUUAAGAAAUUUAUACAAACGUUCUAAACUUUUUGAUGCUCGAAGGUCCUCAUCCAUACUAUCAAGGGAUGCCCUUAUGAGACAAUGGUCAAUUAGUGAAAUGAUAUCAGUCAAACUUUUUAUUGAAAACUCAACUUUUAUUAGUCGAGGUUAG